GCGCAGGCGCUGAAGGAGCGGGGCAACCAGGCGCUGGCGGCGGGGGACAUCAGCGGUGCGGUGCGGCACUACACCGCGGCCAUCGCGCUCGAUGCCCGCAACCACGUCCUCUACAGCAACCGCUCGGCCGCCUACGCCAAGCAGGGCGACUACAGCCGCGCGCUGGCCGACGCCUGUCGCACCAUCGAGCUGCGCCCCGACUGGGCCAAGGGCUACUCACGCAAGGCAGCGGCGCUGGAGUUCCUGAACCGCUUCGAGGAGGCCAAGGCCACGUAUGAGGAAGGGCUGAAGCACGAACCCGGCAACGCGCAGCUGCGCGAGGGGCUGCACAACAUGGAGGCCAGGCUGGCUG